AUGUCCUCUGGAAACACCGGCCAGGCGCUCACCAAGCCAACAUUUGGUGAGAAAGAAGCACGCGAGCUGGUUGACAGCCUGUUUGGGUUGAGGGUGUCCUGGAUCCAGCCUCUCCCCAGCUAUGACGACCAGAACUUCCACGUGCGCGUCUCGGGGGAGGCAGGGGAGCCUGAGGGCACUCCUGAGUACGUCCUCAAAAUCACCAACUGGGAGGACAGCCAGGAGCCGGAGCUCAUCGAAGCGCAGACGCGGGCCAUGAUGUUCCUCAGCGCGGAGGGCUUCCCGUCAGCGACGCCCUGCCCCACCAAGGAGGGCAGCAUCAUGUCAGUGGUGCCCGCAGGUACUGGGAACAAAAAGUACAUGGUCAGACUGCUGACAUACCUGCCGGGUGUACCUGUGGCAAAAAUCACUGCAAAUACGCAGAUUUUGUAUGACAUUGGUAAGCUCGCUGCCAGAUUGGAUAAAGCUCUUGCAGAGAAAUUCCACCAUCCAUCAGUAAAAAGUCUGCAUCGAGGGCAAUUCAUCUGGAACCUGGCAAAUGUCCCUCUUCUAGACCAGUACGUUUAUGCCGUGGGCCAGAACAAACACCGUGAAGUUGUGGAGCAGGUUAUUCAGCAAUUUAAAGAGAAAGUAAUACCAAAGCUAACUAGUUUUCGAGCCUGUAUCAAUCAUGGAGACCUUAACGACCACAACAUUUUAGUAGACUCCAGCUCCACUUCCCCGGAGUCUCCUCAGUACAGAGUGUCUGGCAUCCUGGAUUUCAGUGACAUGAGUUACGGGUACUACGUGUUUGAAGUGGCGAUAAUCAUCAUGUACAUGAUGGUUGAGAGCGCGGAUCCCCUGCGGGUCGGGGGGCACGUGCUGGCAGGGUUCGAGAGCGUCCUGCCCCUGACCGCGGAGGAGAGAGCUGCUCUCUUCCUCCUGGUGAGCGGGCGGUUCUCCCAGUCACUGGUCAUAGCAGCGCACACGGCCCUGCUCUACCCAGAGAAUAGGGAGUACCUCAUGACCACAGCCAAGAGCGGAUGGAAACACUUGAUGACAAUGUUCGAGCUGGGCCAAGAGGCCGUGGAGCAGCUGUGGUUUGAGACUGCGCGAGCGUACGGGGACCGCGGGGCUGCGGAGUAG